AUGGCGGACCCAAAUGCUAGAAGGAUAUCGCCCUCGCCGGGGCCUGCGCGAAGGCCUCGCGCUCCGACCAUCACCAUCGAUACAUCGGCGGUCCGGAAGUCGUCGGAUAACACCAGCAUGGAUCAAAGACCAGAGCAUGAAUUGGAUCAACUUUCAGAUGACGGACGGGAGUCGAGGCCGACCAGUCCACACAAUGUUUCCUCGCCGUCACAGUGGAACAACCCACACACUUUCCUAUCAGUCCCUACUCAACAACCUAGGAGUCGAGGACAAAGCUUCGAUACAGACGCAACGCAGGAGUCAAGCACGUCAGCCUCGGAUUUCACAUACGUCAACACGUCCACGCCUCUAUCGAAUGGCUCACCGAAAGGUGGUGACGAAGAGAUACAGUCCGGUGCCGGAGGGCACCCUGUCUUACCUGACGACGAAGCUUUACAACCGGACAAAGGCACCGAGGAAGACUUUCAGCGCGAGAAUAAUCCUUUCGCUUUCACACCUGGCCAGAUGAGCAAACUCAUCAAUCCGAAAAGUUUGGGGGCUUUUCAUGCAGUCGGUGGGUUAGCUGGGCUGGAGAAGGGACUACGAUCAGACCGGAACUCCGGUCUGAGCGCAGAUGAGGCACACCUUGACGGGCGGGUGACGUUUCAGGAAGCAACUGCGUCUUCGAGCCCAUCGUCAGAGGCCACAGCGGUGGAUGCUCCCGAGGCUCCACCAGUCGCCAGCGAAAAGGUCGGCCAGGGCAACUUCGAAGAUCGGAAGCGAGUAUUUGGUGACAACCGAUUACCCGAAAAGAAGCCAAAGAGCAUUUUCCAGCUCAUGUGGCUUGCUUACAACGACAAGGUGCUGAUUGUGUUGACUGUGGCAGCUGUCAUUGCUUUGGCACUCGGUUUAUACCAAGCAUUGACCUCCGGCGGCGUCGAAUGGAUUGAGGGUGUGGCAAUCAUUGUCGCCAUCGUGGUGGUCGUGGUUGUCGGUGCGCUCAACGAUUGGCAAAAGGAACGGCAAUUUGCAAAACUCAAUGCGAAGAAAGAAAGCCGCAAUGUGAAGGUCAUCCGGUCAGGGCGGACUCAGGAAAUCAACGUGCACGAUGUCUUGGUCGGCGAUGUUCUUAUGGUCGAGCCUGGUGACAUUCUACCCGUGGACGGCAUCUACAUCACUGGCCAUGGCGUGAAGUGCGACGAGUCGAGUGCGACAGGAGAGUCGGACAUUAUGAAGAAAGUGCCCGCAGAGGAAGUCUACCGUGCGAUGAAUGCUGGCGAGUCACUCAAAAAGAUGGAUCCAUUCAUGAUCUCUGGCGGCAAGGUCACCGAAGGCUUCGGUCGCAUGCUCGUCACAAGCACUGGUGUUCACUCCUCAUACGGCAAGACUAUGCUGUCCCUUCAAGAGAGCAAUGACGCGACACCACUGCAAAGCAAGCUCAACGAUCUCGCGGAGUACAUUGCCAAGAUUGGCAGUGCGGCGGCCUUGCUUUUGUUCGUGAUAUUGUUCAUCAAGUUCCUGGCGCAGCUUCGGCACAACACUGGCACACCGGCUCAGAAGGGCCAGGAAUUCAUGACUAUUCUGAUCACUGCAGUCACGAUUGUCGUGGUCGCUGUGCCGGAGGGCCUACCCCUUGCUGUUACGCUGGCCCUGGCGUAUGCAACGAAGCAGAUGCUGAAGGAUCGAAAUCUGGUCCGCGUACUGCGAUCGUGCGAGACUAUGGGAAACGCGACCACUGUCUGCUCUGACAAGACGGGCACGCUUACACAGAAUGUUAUGACUGUUGUUACUGGCUCCGUCGGCACAUCUAACAGGUUCAGCAGCAGAGCGGGCGGCAACAACGAUCAGGCUCAGCGUGAGGUAGAUGGUGUCAGCACUGUAGAAUUCAUCGGAUCACUCUCGAAGAGUGCCAAAAACCUCUGGAAAGAUAGUAUCGCAAUCAACUCCACGGCUUUCGAAAGUGACGACGGCGGUAAGAUGACCUUUGUCGGCUCGAAGACGGAGACUGCUCUACUCGACUUUGCGCGCGAGCACCUGGGCAUGGACACGGUCAAUCUUGAACGCAGCAAUGCCAAAAUCGUGCAGAUGAUACCUUUCGAUUCCGGGCGGAAGUGCAUGGCAAUGGUUAUCAAGCUGAAGGAGAAGGACGGCUACCGCCUGCUCGUCAAGGGCGCCAGUGAGAUCAUGCUGCGCUACUGCUCGACCAUCAUCAAAAAUCCGACGCAGGGCAUUGAAAGCACGACCAUGACGGCUGAUAACAAGAAGACGCUUCAGGGUCUCAUCGAUGCCUACGCUGAUAGGUCGCUGCGCACGAUUGGCUUCAUCUAUCGCGACUUCGAGGCGUGGCCGCCUAAGGGGGCACGACGACAAGAAGAUGACAAAAGCCAAGCUGUAUUCGAGGAUGUUUGCAAGAACAUGACCUUCCUAGCCGUCGUCGGUAUCCAGGACCCGCUGCGUCCUGGUGUGCCGGAGGCUGUGAAAGACUGCAUCAUGGCUGGUGUAUUCCCUCGCAUGGUCACUGGCGACAACAUAUUGACCGCCAAGGCGAUCGCGCGCGAGUGUGGCAUCUUCACAGCUGGCGGCGUGGCGCUCGAAGGUCCGGACUUCCGCAAGAUGAGCACCGCUGAACAGCGUGCCGUCAUCCCGAAGCUUCAGGUGCUUGCGCGAUCUUCACCAGAAGACAAGCGCACGCUCGUGAAGCGACUGAAGGAGAUGGGCGAGACUGUCGCCGUGACCGGUGACGGAACCAACGACGCACCGGCGCUCAAGGCUGCCGACGUGGGUUUCUCCAUGAACAUCUCCGGUACGGAGGUUGCGAAGGAGGCCUCCGACAUCAUCCUCAUGGACGACAACUUCGCUUCUAUUGUCCUGGCUCUCAUGUGGGGUCGUGCGGUUAACGAUGCGGUCAGGAAGUUCCUUCAGUUUCAGAUCACCGUCAACAUCACAGCCGUGCUUCUCGCCUUCAUCUCCGCCGUUUCGAGCGAUCGUGAGGAAUCUGUGCUCACCGCGGUGCAGCUGCUCUGGGUCAACUUGAUCAUGGACACCAUGGCCGCAUUGGCGCUGGCCACUGAUCCCCCGUCUCGCAAGAUCCUUGAGCGCAAGCCCGAUCCAAAGUCUGCACCGCUAAUUUCGGUUACGAUGUGGAAGAUGAUCAUCGGCCAAGCGAUCUACCAGCUCGUCGUUACACUGGUACUGUACUUCGCUGGUAACAGCAUCUUCGGCUACGAUACGCAGUACGAGCAGAAUCAGAAACAGACUCUCGUAUUUAACACUUUCGUCUGGAUGCAGAUCUUCAACGCUCUCAACAACCGACGCCUCGACAACAGAUUCAAUGUUUUCGAGGGCAUCUUCAAGAACUAUUUCUUCUGUGGCAUCUUCCUGGUCAUGAUCGGUGGACAGGUCCUAAUCGUCAUGGUUGGCGGUUGGGCGGCUUUCCAAGCGGAGCACCAGACUGGUACACAAUGGGGCGUAGCGCUGGUCCUCGGCGCUCUUUCUCUGCCAGUCGGUGUUAUCGUACGCCUUGUUCCGGACGAGCUCGCUGUUAGGAUCAUUCCGCGCGGUAUCCGUGAGUGGGCGGGCAGGAGGAAGGACAAGGGUGUUAACCCCGACGAAGAGAGUCCUUUCGAGUUCAACCAGGCACUGUACAACAUCCGCGACGAGUUGGCAUUCCUCAAGAAGUACAAGGGCGGCCGUCUCAGGCAGCUCAAGUUCGCAGUGCAACAUCCACGGGAGACCUUCUUGCACAGCAGAAGUCCGAGCCGUAGUAGGGCAAGCUCCAGUUUGCCGCGGACGCCGAACAAUGAGGUGGAGAACGAAGACAACGGCCAAGCGUCUCAGCCUCAUACGCCCGAGCGACGAAAGCGCGAUCGAUCCCGGUCAAACUCGGCCCUUGCCGGUGUGGCUAUGGCGGGCGUCCUCGCGAGUUCCAUCGGAGGUGGCUGGUCACCUGUUGGACGCGGUGAUGCCGACAGUCUGCGCUUCUCGCGCGAGCGUUCUAAGAGCGAUCUCUCGAAGGAAAUGCCGCUGGAGAUCCAUCCGGCGACGAAGAAGGAUGACCAUGUCGUUGUGGAAGACAACCCCGUCGAGGUAGCCGGCGGCGCACCACCUAGCCAGGCAACGGAGACCACUCCGCAGUUUGGCUUUGGACCUUACGGCGGAGUGCCGAGUACGAAGGACACAGGCUCCAAACAACAUUCGGAAACUUGAACGCUCUUUGAAAUCGACCUGAUCCAAAAAAAUACACCCUCACUUCGAACCAGGCUCUGCUAGCGAACACUCGCCUCCCUAAGGGUUGUCGAUUGUCCCAUUAUAGCUUGUCCGGUCGAGUCGAGAAAACACACUCGACGCUGGAGGUUGCUGAGCGGGGUGUCAAGUUGAUCACGAGGCGGCAUUCGCUCUCUUGCCUCCAAACCUGAAGAGAAGCUACUGCUGUUUGUACAUGCUUUAGCACAAGCGUUGGCGUCGGCAGGAAGGUAUAGAACACCGCAUAUGGGUAUAGGAAGGGGUUUUGAUACCUUUGGGCAGGGCGGCGUUACUCGAUGGAACAUGGUGCUUCGUAAGCGAACAGAGAGGAUAUGUAGAGCUCGACAAGCUGUGGCCUAACUUUGACAUUCCCUUCCUUUUGCAACCCGCAACC